UUUUAGUGAUAAAGUAGAGUGGUUUUUUCUGCGUCUUUUUCCACGGAAGCUGUUAGUUAAAUGAAAAGUAAUUUAAUUGCAGCAAACUGUGGCUUUAAUUAAAAAGGUUUCUCUGAAGUGUUUCACUCGCCGUGAUCAGAAAACGUUGUACACCAGGUGCAACAGGUGCCGUUGUUCGCAAGUGAAAACCAGUUGAAAGCAACUAAAAAAGAAAAGCCCACAGAAUGCCGCCCGUGCAAGUCCAGGCAGCGAACAUGUCGCUGGGUGCCAUGCAUUGUACGCGAUGUGCCGACGGCUUCGAGCCGACUGAGAAGAUUGUUAACUCCAAUGGAGAACUCUGGCACACCCAGUGCUUCGUAUGUGCCCAGUGCUUCCGACCCUUCCAGGAUGGGAUAUUCUACGAGUUCGAGGGCCGUAAGUACUGUGAACGCGACUUUCACGUGCUCUUCGCUCCCUGCUGCAACAAGUGCGGCGAGUUCGUCAUCGGACGGGUCAUCAAGGCCAUGUCAGCUAGCUGGCAUCCACAGUGCUUCCGCUGCCAAUUGUGCGCCAAGGAGCUGGCUGAUUGCGGAUUCAUCAAGAACCAGAACCGCGCCUUGUGUCACGAGUGCAAUGCCAAGGUGAAGGCGGAGAUUACCGGCCGCUAUGUAUGCCAAAAAUGCCACGGCCUCAUCGACGAGGAGCCUUUGCGAUUCCGGGGCGAAGUGUACCACGGCUAUCACUUCAGUUGCACGGCCUGCGGCACAGAGUUGGAUUCCACUGCUCGGGAGGUCAAGAGCCGGCCAGGAUUGGCUGCUAACGAUAUGAACGAACUGUAUUGUCUGCGUUGUCACGAUAAAAUGGGCAUUCCCAUAUGUGGUGCCUGUCGUCGUCCGAUUGAGGAGAGGGUGGUAACGGCGCUCGGAAAGCACUGGCAUGUGGAACAUUUCGUGUGCGCCAAGUGCGAGAAACCCUUCUUGGGUCACCGACACUACGAGAAGCGGGGAUUGGCCUACUGCGAGACGCACUAUCAUCAGCUCUUUGGCAACCUGUGCUUCGUCUGCAACCAGGUUAUUGGAGGCGAUGUUUUCACUGCCUUGAACAAGGCCUGGUGUGUGCACCACUUUGCGUGCUCCGUGUGCGACACGAAGAUGACACAAAAAUCGAAAUUCUACGAGUACGACGAGAAGCCGGUGUGCAAAAAGUGCUAUGACCGAUUUCCAAACGAACUCAGACGACGUCUGCGCACCGCCCACGAGAUGACAAUGAAAAAGAACACCUAAUGCCUUGGAGCGAGUCUCAGAUCCACACCAAACAGUGCCUUUGUCGUUGUAGACCCGCUUUCACUACCAUUUUUAACAUUUGAGAAACUAAAACCAAACAAACUAAAACCUCUUGUGCAUGUCCUUUCCGUCUGUUGUAAUCCGGUUGUGUGUAACUUAAAUUUUAAAUCGAGAAUCAACGGCAUCAAUAGCUAGGGAACAUAACAUUGUGUAUUAAAAGCCUUUAACGUUGUUAUUU